UUGGCGACUCUAUCUCACAUUGAUGUAGAUUAAAACGGCCAGCGGCGUUUACAACUGCAAAUCAGAAUGCCGUUCGGGCGGAGAAGAAAGGAUCAAAUGGCCUUUAAACACAUAGCUCAGGGUUUGGUACCUGCAGCCACAAUAGCUCCAAGAGCUGCUGUUCCCCGUACCCCUCCGCCACGUAGCCCAGAUCCUUCUCCAGAAAGACCAAGGUCAGCAUUGGCAGCAGUAAUUUUGACUUCAUGUCUGACUGGUCGUACAGUUGCCAUUCCUCAACCACAUUUGACAGGUCUUCGUCAAAGGUCUUAUUCUGAAAGUGAUUGUACACGUUCAGAGCAACAAAGCUUUCUUGAACCUUAUGCCACUGUGGCUGAUCUGGAGUUAAGGAAUGUAUGGCAAAGUACUGUUAGGGGCAGGCCUCAAUUACCACUGCCGUCUGAUUCUGACGAAGAAGAUAAUGAAGAAGAAGGAGAAGAUGAUGACCAAGAUGUGGAACAGUUGUCAGAUAAAGAAAACCAACCUCAUUACUAUGUUCUCGAAAAGGAAGAUGAAGUACAUAUUAAAGAGGCAGUUUAUGCCAUUCCUCACAAGGCUAACCAGAAUGAAAUACCAGCAUCUGUGAGCAGUGAUCUGACUGACAUUUCUUCCUAUGAUGUAGAAUCUACCGCUCUGAUACAUGAACCAAAACCUGGACAAGUUGAAGAACAUACUUUAACUCCAGCAUCUAAGGAGCAUCGAAUAAUUGAAAAGCAACAGACAAUUCCAGAGUUCACCCCGGUCCCAGGUUUGAAGAAUACCAUGAUUGUCGAAGACCUCAGAACACCAUCCACUGUAACUCAUAAAAAGAAGAAAAUAAAGGCAAAGCUAAUUUCAAAGGGGGCCAAGCAAGAUUUAACAGUUGAAGCUAACCAAGAGCUGAUAGAGAUCCGAAAAGAGCAGUUAGAAGAACUAAAAGAAAGAAAUCAGACAUUGGCUUCUGAAAAUCAGGUCAUUGCCCAUCAGGCUCACAGCUUGAUGCAACAGCUGGAGGGGAUGAAGCUUAAAGUGGAGCAACUGCAAAAAGAAAAUCAUAAACGACAAGAAGUUGACAAUAACCAAUCAAGGGAAGAUGAAAAAGCAGAACUGCUUUUACUUCAGCAGCAUGCUCAGGAACUAGUGGAUGAAAAUGAUGCCUUGAAGAUGACCAUCCAUCGCUUAAAUGUAGAACUUAGCUGCUAUCAAACCAAAUACAGACCUGUACAUAGUGAGAUAUCCUGUAAUACUGGUCUUCCAACAUCAGGACCACCAUCACCCUGGCUUGUGGACAUGAAAGUGUUGUCACCCCUUCUUCUGGCCUAUGAAGACCGAUUACAGGAAAAGGAUGCUGCAAUGCGAGCCCAUGAGGAGGAAAUGAAGAAUUUCAGAGCUCGAGUAGAAGAGGUGGUGAGGGAGAAUGAACAGCUUCAUCAGCAACGUGAGAGAAAUGGUGCUAUUAGCAGCAGAGAGUGGAAUCAGUUGCAGGAUCAGGCAAAGUUGGUUUUGGAGGAAAACCAAGUUUUGAUGGAGCAGUUAGAGAUACAGCAAGCGAAAGCAAAAAGCAGUCACAACAGACACAUACAAGAAGUGUCAAAAUUGACUAAACAAUUGAUGCUGCUGGAAUCAGAGAAACAAAACCAACAAAAGGAGUUACAUGAGACUCAACAAGAGUUGAACAAACUUUCUUCAAAGUAUGACCAACUUAAAGCAACUCUUGAUGACAGAGUGAGAAUUGAUGAGCAUACCUCAAUGGUGAACAACCUCAAAAGGAAACUACAGCUCGAACAAGAGAAACAGCACACAGAAGUGGAGGAAUUAAUGGGAAGAAUUGCAUCAUUGCAAGCUGAGAAAAAGAGCUUACUCUUUGAAAAAACAGAAUUAAUAGCUGACAAUAAGACUUUAGAAGCAGAGCUGCAAGUAGCACAGAAGUCAAACAGGCUAGCACAAAAGAAGAUUGGUCUUCUGAAACAGCAGGCAGAAGAGGCCAUGGAGAAAGAAGUAGCAGCACAUCAAUAUCUGGCAAACUUGAUUGGUCUUGCUGAAAAGACAGCUCAUGAACGUGACCAACUUGUACAUGUGACCAAAAGCCUGACAAAUGAGAAACAUGGAGUUUUAAACAAGAUUGUAGCAGGCAAUGUGCGUUUGGGCAAGUUGGAGGAACAAGUAAAGAUGUACAAAACAAAAGCUGCCAUGAAGCUUGGAGACAUAAACAACCGUAUGAAGGAACAAGAAGAGGAUUUUGCCAGAAGGACUGCUCAGUACCAACGGGAAAUACGGCGUCUUCAGCAGCUACUGAAGGACAAGCAGGAAACCCUUGAUGGACUGCUUGAACAGCAAAGACAAGUAGAAUCUGAACUCGAAACAGUUUGGGAAUCAACGACACGAGAAAAUCGUCGAAUAAAGGAUCUUUUGCAUGGCACUGUACAUAAAAGUAAUCUCUUGGACACUGUCAGCUUUGAUAGAUCAGAUAUAGAAGGAAACCCUCGCAGGUAUUUAAGCAGCCAAUCAGAUUUCAAAGCAAUCAGCUAUUGUGAUGUAAUACUGUCCUCUGCUAGAAGGAUAGAAGAUAGAAGGACACAUGAAAAUGACCUGCGGCCAAAUGUUAAUAAGUACUCGCCUCAUCGUGUGGCUGAAAGUGGAGAUUGUGCAAUCACACAGCAAAAAAAGAAAAAGCGCAGGGAAGAAACUGUCAAGAGUCCGAUGUUUGAGUCUGACUCUGAUCAGCAGCAAAUUGUCUCCUCUGAUGAAAGUGACAAAAAUGAGCAUAGUUUCUACUCUUAAAUUUUCAAAUGUCAAUGGUAAUCAUAUUAUUAUUCCUACAAAUGGUACAAUAUUCACAUAGACUGAUAACUGGAAGUCUGAUUUUUUUUUAAAUGAACGGCUAAAGCAUUGACACAAGACUUCAUGUUUUAAAACUAUAUUGUAGCCAAAUACCUUAGAAAAGAUUUCUCACUAUUGUUUUGUGGUGAGCAAUUUAUACUUUGAACUAUUUUAAAUAGAAUAGAACAUCCCCCCUAUCUUCUUAGCCCAGAAAAUACUGCUAUACUUUACAUAGACCUUUACAAAGACUGUCAGUUUUCCCAGACUCGAUCCAAAAUGAUUCUUAACUCCUAAGAGUUGAAUCCUGUUCAGUUCUGUUCUCAAACAAGUCAUUUGUAAUAUUUGACUUAACCUAAUCUACACUCAAUCUCUUUGACAGUGAAGUUGUGUUUUCCUAUUAUCUGUGUUCUAGCACAAGCUAGGUGAAUCUACCAGCUUUGUUUUAACACCCCCCUUCUCCUGGAUCCAAGCAGACCAAAUGUUCUGGGAAAAUCUGUAAUCUGUCUUUCAGAGGCUUCCUCCGUAUCCUUUACCUUGGUGACCUGAAUUACACGGGGCCUUGUAUCUACUUAGAAAUGCUUAAUAUUAACCCUUAAGAGCCUUAACCUUCUUUCUUUUUGGCAGUAAAUUGAUAGCUUAAAUUGCAAUUGUUUAUACCGAGUCAUUCUCAACAUUUUUCUGGGACUUUCAAGGUUCUUAGCCUUCAUUGUUAACACUCAGGCUGUUGCCAGUCUCCAAGCAUAAAUAUUCUGCACCACCUUCCCAGUAAAACAAUCUAAAUCUUCCUUAGGUAUUUUAGUAUUGAAACCACCCAUGCUUAUUGUCAGACAGGUGUCAGAACAGGUCACAUAACUUCCUUCAUUUUAUUAUUAAAUUUAGUGGCAGAAUUCCAAAAUAUAAUUGUUAUAAGUGAUUUCUGUCUAGGCUUUCUGAAUCUCCGGAGAAUAGUCCCUGACACUUGGCUAACUAUUCUAACUCUAGGGAUCUGAUUCAGAACAACCGGGUCCUGCCUCCGAACUCUGCCAACCGCGGACUGUCCUUUAACCCUUGUAUUAAGGGAGACUGUCCGCAAGGUUAAGUUCAAAAAGGCGAACUCCAAGUUGACUGGUAUCAGCCCUUAUCCCCACCGGCUAUCACUUCUCCCGUGGCAAAUCGAAAUAUUGCGAGACACACAAACGGAGCAACAGAUGUUUAUUCAAUCUUCGAAGAUUGGGCGAGUUCCAAAAAGGACUUCGGAAGUCGCAACGGGAGAUUUUACAGCACUAAUACUUAUACAUUAUUUUUCCAUUCAAAUACAUUGGUGAUAAUUUCAUUGGUUUAAACAUCUCACGCUAUGGAUUUUUCUUACAUUAAAAAUCAUUAAUGAC